CUACAGGUCUACUUCCGCCGACAUGCCACCCCACCCCGACUCUUAAUAUACAUUAAUGUACAUAAACACACCUAACUGUGGCUAACUCACAACUGAGUGACUUGACGACGCAAAGACGACUAAUACAAGAAUUUUUAAACCAGGAAGUUGAAUAACUUCAACCGUUUAAUGCUAAAGCAAAAGCUAGACGUUUUGAUAUUGAUGUUGUUAACAAUGAGCAUCAAUGUCCCCUUUAUGAUAUCAAUUUACCUUUGGUGUAUGGCAUUCUUUCUUCCUUGCGAUGGAAAUAUUCUAUCACCUCCUUCUGGCACAAAUUUUACAUUUCUACCUGGAGAAAUAGAAAAUAUAACCUGGAUAUUUAAUGUUAGUUUAAAUGCUGUGGCCAGUAGAAAUUGGCGUUUUAAGGGUAGUAGUAAUGGUUCACCAAAAACACUGUUGGCCACUGUCAUUCUGGAUUUGUCAGUGAUAAAUCUUAAAGAACCAAUUCUUCCAAAGUAUGACGUCUACAAACCUUCAACGCUGCGAUUAAGAAAUAUCACUUACAGUUAUGAUGGAACAUAUGAGUUUGAAUUAACAAGAAGGGGCGGUGCGUCAUCUUUUAUAUCUAAAGUCAGAGUUUUCGUUGCAAAAAAACCUACAGUGGGGAUUAAUUGUUCAACUCCUCUGGUUGUGAGUAAAGGUGAUAAUGUGUCAUGUGUAUGUAAAGGUGAAGGAGGUAACCCUCCUGCUAAUGUCACAUGGUUUGAUAAAGAUAACAACAUAACUGGUGAUGUUGGAGUUGUAAGUAAGACAUUAGUAAUCACUAAUGUUACAGUGAAUGAUGGUGGAAAUUACAGAUGUAAAGCUGAAAGUUUUAAUGAUUCACGUUUCAUUGACGAAAAAUCCAUUGAAAUACAAGUAAAAUUCAAACCAACAGUGUCGAUUAACUGUUCAUCUCUUCUGUUUGUGAAUGAAAGUGAUAGUGUGUCAUGUGUAUGUAAAGGUGAAGGAGGUAUCCCUCCUGCUAAUGUCACAUGGUUUGAUAAAGAUAACAACACAUCUGGUGAUGUUGGAGUUGAAAGUGCGAUUUUAGUAAUCACUGGUGCCUCACCAAAUGAUCGUGGAAGUUACAGAUGUAAAGCUGAAAGUUUUAAUGAUCCACGUUUCAUUGACGAAAAAUCCAUUGAAAUAAUAGUGAAUUAUCAACCAAGAAAUACGACCAUAACCCUAUCAAAAAUAAAUCCACAAAUUGGUGAAAGUGCGAAUAUAACCUGUGAAUCAGAUGGUUUUCCUCCGCCAACUUUCAUUAUUUUUCAUAAUGGUGCUGUUCUCAGCAAUAAUAAGACAUACAUCAUUCAUUCUGUCAACUUCAGUAAUGCUGGUUUAUAUCGCUGUGAAGCAAAGAAUAAACUGGGAAAUGAUUUGUCUGAUGUUAAAAAUCUCACUGUUGUUAACGAAGCUCCUGUAUCAAGCUCAUUCAGUCUAUCGCCUUCGAUAAUUACGUCAUCGAUGACGUUUACCUUUACGUCAUCAAUUAGUUCCACUUCCACUACUAACGCUCCUAUAUCAAGCUCAUUCAGUCUAUCGCCGUCGAUAAUUACGUCAUCGAUGACGUUUACCUUUACGUCAUCAAUUAGUUCCACUUCCACUAAUAACGUUGGCCCUACGACUAAAACUACAGAAAAAGAAGAAGAUGGACCAAAUAUUGCUCUGAUUGUUGGCAUUGCUGUUGGAGCGGUUUUCCUUGUCGCCAUUCUAGUUUUCCUUGUCAUUUUCUGCUAUCGUAAAUCAAAGCAAAGAAAAAGACACCGUGAUGGUAUAAGUGUUAAACCAGUGGUUGGAGAUAACAAUUAUGAACUGGAUGGUGCACCCGGUGUUAGCAACGAGAGUCAUUAUGAAUCGGUGAAGGAUGAUAGAACAGACAAGAAUCUUCCUGUUGGUGAAUCCAAGCCGUCAGAUAGUAAACCACCUGUAUAUGCAUCUAUCAAUAGAGAAAACAGACAAGGGAAUCCGUUAUACUCAUCCCUUGACCCCAAAGAUGCUCCUAAAAGAGAUCCUACCCAAAAACGUCCUGCACCAACUGAAUAUGCCAGUAUUGAUAUGAGUAAACUGGCACCUGUGGAGAAAAAAGACGAGAAGAAAGGCGACAAUAAGGAAAAGGAUGAAAAAAAGAAAGAUGUGGUCUACAUUUGAUCUGUGAACAGUAUAAGACAGCUAACAAGAUGGUUGUUUCUAUAUACAUAUUGUUUCACCGAGUGAAUUUUGAAGAAAUUACCUGCCUAAAUUAAGCAACAACAUUUCACUGACUUUAACUUAGCACUUUAAAUAUAUAAUCAUUUGUUCGAUUUCGUUAAUGAGUCGAAAUACUUUAAUCACGUAGAAAUUAAGUGUAGAAAUAAGAUAGAAAAAAAUGAAGCAAUUGUAAGCAAUGUGGUAGAAAACCCUCGAAAUUUCUCCUUUACUAUUGAAUUAUAUUAUCAUAUGUUGGUCUUUAAUUACCAUGUAGGUACAUGUAUUCAGCAUUCACGAUAUUUUCUCAUCUUUUAUAAUUGUAUUUGCAUAGUUUAAACACACUCUAGUUGGCAGACAUUUUUGUCAAUAGACUUUCAUUUUGUUUCGUGUUUGCUGCUCAUGUGCUAUGAAUGGUCUCUCUAGAUGGUAGAAGAAAUAAAUAUCAAAUAUUGUAGAGUGUAGGUCUUUCUACCAUUGACAUACGUAUAGCCAAAAAAAUUUUUGACGAAGUAUUUUAAGCAGAACGUAAAAGUUUAAAAUACGAUGUAUUUUAAAAGGUGGUAUGUGUGUGACACAAACUGUUUUUCGAAAAUUUUACUUCAUUUAAUUCAACGUUUAAUGUAAACAAUGAAUUUUCCGAUAAUUUAUGUUCAAACAAGUUAGCCAAGGAAAAAAGUGGAGGUUUUUUUAUUGAGUAGGGAUGCCGUAAUAAGGUUUGAACAAGUUUGUGCCUCACAUGUACUGCAAUCAAUUCCCUUAAUUUUUUUGUCAAAAGAUCAAUUCUUUUGUUUUAGUACUAAUUUUUCAUACUUUAACAAUAAACAUACAAUGAACAUUUAACUUGUAGUGAUAAUUAUGAAUACAUUAAUGUAAUAGUACGAUAAAUCGUCAUGAAUUUUGUAAUGUAAUUCUAGAUAAUUAAUGUAUGUAUUUAAUGCAUACGUAAUUGUAAUCAAUCAAUACAACAAUGUGCCUUCGCGUUUAUUAACGAAAGUUCAGGAUUCACCAUUGCGCGUAUGAUUGUAAACAUUGUUGGAAUUUUAUACUUAAUGAUACUAUUUUAAUGUAUUUUGCAUGCGUAAAAUAAAUAGCACGUAUACAAAUGAA